AUGACGGAUAGACAACUGUACUGGGGGCCAGGGCAAAGUCCCGCGGAUGUAUCCGUGCAAGUCGUAGCGGUUCGGGAGAACGGCGGAGCCAUUAGCGACGAUUCCGAUGUCGAGUUUGUGGGAGAGUGGCAAACAGAGCCCACGACCGCUGCUGCCUGCUCGCUCAUAGAACCCGACACUAUGGUGCUAAGCGAGCGACCGAGCACCAGUGGUCCCGAUGCGAGGCUGGCGUCAACACAGCUGCAACCUGGCCGACGAAGACGGCGCUCAACAGCGCAGGCUACUGCCAUUCGAACGGUGCCUCCAGAACAUGGGCCUGGCAUGGCACCGGGUGGCAACCGACGACAACGCACCGUAUACCAGCGAAUCUAUCGACGUCUGCGUGAGCUUGCAGGGAAUCGUCGCGAAGUGAGCAGCAGCCGACGGAACGAUUCUGUGAUUGCGCUACCGAGUAGCGCGACAUUCCUGGAAUCGCUAGAGCCGUUUUUCUCCGGCGAGGGAUGGACCUUAGAGACACUCACAUCUAUACCGCUAUCCACUGAUGCACUGGAUGCGACAGUGGAGCCCACCUGGAGUCCAGCAUCAGCGGCUCUCGAUGAGCACAACCGCAGCAGCAGCACCAACAACAACAACAACAACAAUAACGCAAUAGCGCCCUGGAACGCAACCUCGACGCGACGAGUAGUUCGAUCGGGUCGAAGCUCUCGGCGAACGUCACGUCAACAGCACUGGGCAGUCGCCAUGUUGAACUCAUUCCUACAACCGAGCUUCGAUUCAUUGCCUUCACCACGACCGAACCCGUGCCCCCGAGCGCUGGUAGAAUUGCUCCCUCUCCAGACGGCUACUGAGCGUGAAGAGUCGGAUGCUUGCCCGAUUUGCCUCAGUAAUUAUGAGCGAGGCGAGCGUUUACGACGUCUACCCUGCCUGCAUUUGUUUCACAGAACUUGUAUUGACCGUUGGUUUUCCAAACAGAAUUCGUGCCCGGUCGACAAAAUGAGCGUCGCGGAUGGGUUUACGGAUGAAUGCGCUCAGAGCAAGCUGCAGGCCCUUGGCGUAUCCAACGACGAGGCAACUGCCUGCAGCUCGGGUGUGUUUCAUCCGGGCGUUGAGGCUCCAUCUGACACAGUCGAGGCAUUGAUGUCACCGCCGAGACGUCGUCAACGAGUUCGACAACGUCGCCUGUCGUGA